CAAACGGGGCAGGGCAAUCGAAGUUGGGACAAUUUACGGAGGUUUCAGUUGCCGGAUAGUCGACGACAAUAAGGACAUGUACGCAGCUAAUAUGUGUGGAAACCUAUGUUUGCGUCCUUUAGCGGAAUAAGGAGGAUAUCCAUGUCAAAAAAUUGUUCUACUUAAACAAGGAGUUUGAUGUUUUUCGCUAGAAGAUUGUAGCCUGACUGAAAACAAAACUGCCCUCCCUCUUCGAACUGAGGAUGAUUUUUGCUAAUACUGGAAACCCACUAAGGACUCCGUAUCGCAAACAGCCACCUGUUGCCUCAUCGUCACACCCCAUGGCUCCACCCAGCCCGAGCACCAACAGCAGUGCCAACAACAGCAGCAGCAGUAGCACUGCAGGCUGGGACCAGCUCAGCAAAACCAACCUCUACAUCCGAGGCCUGUCGCCUUCAACCACAGACCAUGACCUGGUCAAGCUCUGUCAGCCGUAUGGCAAAAUUGUAUCAACAAAGGCCAUCCUGGACAAAACUACAAACAAAUGUAAAGGAUAUGGCUUUGUGGACUUUGACAGCCCCGCUGCAGCUCAGAAAGCCGUGGCUGCCCUGAAGACCACUGGUGUCCAAGCUCAGAUGGCAAAGCAACAAGAACAAGACCCGACAAACUUGUACAUCUCCAACUUGCCUGUGUCUAUGGAUGAGCAGGAACUGGAGAACAUGUUAAAGCACUUCGGCCAGGUCAUAUCCACACGCAUCCUGAGGGACUCUAGUGGAAACAGCAGAGGAGUGGGUUUCGCAAGGAUGGAGUCAACUGAAAAAUGUGACGCAGUCAUUUCUCACUUCAAUGGAAAGUUUAUUAAAACACCUGCAGGUGUUCCAGCACCAUCCGAACCUUUGCUGUGCAAGUUUGCUGAUGGUGGACAGAAAAAGCGACAAAGUCAGAAUAAAUUUGCCCUGAAUGGUCGCGGUUGGGGAAGAGACAGUGACUCCAGACUGGCUGGAAUGACACUCACUUACGACCCCAGUGCAGCUGCUAUGCAAAACGGAUUUUUCCCACCAGCAUACAGUAUUUCAAACAGGAUGAUUGCUCAAACGUCCAUGUCUCCUUACAUGUCUCCGGUUUCAACAUACCAGGUGCAGAACCCAUCCUGGGUGCCUCAUCAACCCUACAUCAUGCAGCACCCAGGUACUGUGCUAUCACCCUCUAUGGACCCGUCUAUGUCACUACAGCCUGCUUCCAUGAUGGCCCCUCUUGCACAGCAGAUGAGUCACCUCUCUCUGGGCAGUGCAGGAACGUUUAUGGCCGCCAACACAGCUAUGCAAGGAGCAUAUAUCCCGCAGUAUGCACACAUGCAGACAUCAAAUGUUCCUGCAGAGGAAAAUGGUGCACAGUCACAAGUGGACUCAUCCGGCAAUCAUUCCCCAUAUUCCUACCAACAAACCAAGUAGUGCUGAGGUAACAUUCGGGCAACAGCUAAAACAAUCAUGUCUACAAAUGCAACGGAUACUAAGGAUCUUUUCACUUUUUUGCACAGGUUCUGCAAACGUUUAAGUGAGACUAUUUUUGGUAACAUUUUCAGAGAGAAUAUGAGUUCAUCAAAUGAUACAAAUUAUAUAUAAAAAAAAUUGAAAAAGUUUUAUUUUCAUACUAGAAAAUGUUUAUUUUUUACCAAGGAUUGCCACAGGAUGCAAGGAAGACUCAUGUGACCAGUUGUUCAAAGUGCAUGACAGUAAAUAUGUUUUGUUAAUAUUUCCAGAUUUUUUCUUUUCUCUGAAGACUUUUUUCAGCCCAACCUUUUGAAAGUGAUGUUUUUGUGCUUGCUGUGUGAGUGUUGCUAUGGUGAAGUGUUACGUGUUGUUUUCUUGUAAAGUGAUUUCUCUUAGUACUUUAGAUUGAUCUUGCUGUCUGAUUCAAAUUUGCCUUUAUAGUUUUGAUACAGAAGUUGUACAGACCACCACAGAGAGCAGUAAUAAGCAAAAAAUGCUGAGAGCUAUUGCCUUGGGAUUGAGCUAUGUAGGACUUUUUUUUAAGUAAAUCAACGUGUUUCCCCUUUCAAAACUGAUAGAAAUGUAGAAGACACCUCAUCUGAGGAUCUUACUGGAUGUAAUAUUUAUUUAGUAUGAACACCUUACAUGUUUCUGGAUGUUGGAAUGUGUUACCUUUUGAAUCUUGCCUUUUUGAUCACAUGGUAUUGUAGAAUAGACGAAAUUGAAUUUGGUGGGGCGGGGGAAUGAGAAGGGGCAAAUGUGUUUUGUUUGUCAGUGUUUUUGUCUGAUGGGGUGAUGUUAAUUGUUAUUUUGACGGGGUGUCUUCUUCACUUUCAUUUAAAAAACCAACAGCAAAACAUAGACUUAAGAUUGUGCAAGGAAAAAAACUCAUCAAAGCCUUGUAAUAGAACUUCGGCAAAAAGUUCAGCAAGUCGGGGGAUGAAAGGAGAUGAAUAUUGCACCUCGCUCUUUGAUAGGAAACAAACAGGCACUUUCAAUUGUAGUUUACAUCACCAAAGAUUGUGAGCUAGUACACUGAGGAAAUCAUUUGUCUCUUUAACCAGGACACAAGUGACUCUGCAAGUUAGAUUGCAGUUUGGACAGUGUGCCUUUUUUGUACAAUUACAUUCAGUUUUCAUAGUUAAUAGUCAAGUGCGGACACACACAAGCAUGAAGGAAGGCCUGGAUCCAACAAGUGCCACAGAUUAAUUUCAUACUUAUGGAAAAAUGCAAAAUUAUAGUAAGAUUAAGCUAAAGGGAUAGUUUACCCAAAACUUAAAAAAUGCAUAUCUUUACUCUAACCUGUAGUGGUAUAUAUAUGCUUAGAUGUUUUUGGUGUGAGUUGCAGAAGGUUGGAGGUAUCCACCAUAGAGACGUCUGCCUUCUCUCAAAUAUAAUGGAACUAAAUGGCCUUGAGCUUAUGGUGCUCAGGGCCCCAGAAAAUACAUUUGAAAAUUUCAAUAGAAAUAUCUCUUUACAGAAAUCAUGACCAAGUUACUCAGGAUAAGCCACAGACCUUGUUGUGAGCAGUUUUAAUGUCAGAAUUUUUUUCUGUCUACCGAACUAAACCCAUCAAUUGUAUCACUGCACAGAAGAAAGCAUGCAUCUGCCACCAGCGCACCACUGAGUUAGCUAAUUUUAUAGCUCAGCGAAGGAGGAUGCCAUUAAUGUUUACAUUUCGUGCACAUUGCUCUGUGACACAGUUUGCGAGAGUAAAGAAGAAAGGAUUAUCUUGAAUAACAGGGUCAUGAUUUCUGGAAAGUGGCAUUGCUGUUGAGUUUUUCAGAUGUGUGUGUCUA